AUGCCUACCAUUGACAUGACGCAUAGGAAAUUAAAUUUUCCACCGAGAUUUUUACCAUAUUUAGAAAAGCAUAGAAUAUUCGAAUUGUUUCACGAAUGCUUAGAAUUACUAGUUCAAAACAAACCGAGAGACCAUGUUCAAUUUCUUAAAAACAUACUACCCUGCGCAUCAGAGAAAAGAAACAAUCCAAGAGUCGUUUUUCUCUCACCACCCGGAUUCGAUCGUGAAUAUUUUGUCGACGUCCUUUCCGAAAAUCUAAACGUUCAACCCGUGACGAAAGAAUACGUUACAGAGCUCACGAAAUCGAACGUCAUCAAGGAAGGGAUAAUAGUUAGAAAAUCCGAAGAAACAUUAGAAGAAGAGAGUUGCAUAUGUCUCGAAGAGGGUAGCGAAUAUCAAUUAAGAAAAUUUUCAUUUCCGUUAUAUUAUGCCGAACAGGAAGAAUACAUACCUGCCGAAGAAGUCGAAGAAGAAUCCGAACCGGAACCGGAACCGGAACCCGGAGCCGGAACCGGAGCCGUACCGAAACCCCCCGUCGACUCCGAAAAAGAAAACAUUUGCGUUUGUCCAUGCGCAGAAAGAGAAAAAGAAAAACAGCAAAAAAGAAAAAUUGAAAUUCCAAUAGAUUUAAAUUUAUCGAACGUUGAUGCCGCCGGUACAACACAACAACAACAACAACAACAGCAACAACAACAACAACAACAACAACAACAACAACAGCAACAACAACAGCAACAACAACAACAACAACAAGAACAACAACAAGAACAGCAAGAACAACAACAAGAACAGCAACAAGAACAAGAACAGCAACAACCACAACAACAUGAAGAAGAAGAGGAAGAAGAAAAAGUUAGAGACGAAGUCGAAACGGAUGACGUAUCCGAUGGUAUAAGCGAAGUGAGAAGGGAUCAAUAUUCAUACGAAUCGGAAGCAGAUGAAGAAGAAUCCGUGAUCAUCGAACCCGAUUACGGACUUUUAGCAAAUUGCGAAUUAUCCGCAAAGGGAUGGAUACUCAAAAAUUUCCCGUUGACGGGUGAAGACGCUGAAAAAUUAUGCAAACUCGGAGUCAUACCCACGCACGCCAUUAGAAUAAUAAUUGACGAAAAAAAAGAAGCAGAAGACAAAGAAUACAAAUGGAUUGUUAAAAAUUGGACGAAAGUUUAUAAAUUCGUACCCGUUAUGGAAAUCAAAAUGGGCAACAGAUCAAUUGCGCAAUUCGCGGCGGAUAUGAGAAAAUUGCUGUCGGUAAUGCCGCACAGGCAUCCUCCGAUGUUACCGAGGAUAGUUUUGAUAGGAUCCAGAGGUUCUGGCGUCACGACUCAAGCUCAAAAACUAUCCGCCAAAUAUGGAUUCGUCCACGUCGAGUACGAUAUCUUGAUAGCAAAAAUUUUACAACAAGAAGAAGACGAAAUAGUUAAAUUAUACAAGCGACAACUCGCAACCCGAGUAGAACCGGAAGUCGAAGCCGUUAUCUUAGAGAAAGCAUUACUCACGACAGGAUGUCGUAAUCGAGGAUGGAUAUUAACCGGAUACCCGCGAAACAUAGAUCAAAUGAGAAUGUUGGAUGUGAUAGCAACGCCUCCAAACAGGAUAAUUUUUUUGGAAGUUCCAGCAAGAGAAUGUUUCGUACGUUUGUUCUAUCGUAAAUUCGAUCCUUGUUUGGGAGAAGAAUAUAAAAUUCCAAAAAUUCAACCCUUCGGUUUGGAUUCGUACAGGACAGAAGGUAUCGAACCGGAAGUUGCCGAAAGACUCUUAACACAUCCGAAAAAUAACAAAAAACAAAUCGUUCACGACAUAGAAGAUUAUUUCAUCGAAAAAAAGGACAUGAUGUUAUACUGUGGAAAAACUGCGUCUUACGUCGACGGUAACCAAACCGUCGACGUAGUUUUCGAAUUCAUUGAAAAAAUAAUAAUUGAUCCCGCACCGCCACAACCCCCCAGGGAUCCCCACGCCAUCAAUUACGGUAUAGACGAAUCUUAUAGGAGACUUAAAAAAUUCCGUUUGGUACCCGGAAUGUUUUUGAACAACAUGGUGCUCAAUCCGCCGGAAAACAAAGGAUACGUGUGA